CAUUUUUGUAAAUAAAGUGACUUUUUCUAUUGUUGUGAAAUGUGCAUUAUCCUUAUAAAAAUUUUGCGGCUACAUGAAUCAGGGUGUGCAACAUUUUGCAUCAUCCUCAUUUCUUACAAGAAGAAUCACUAUAUAGAUAGGGUCUCGUCCGGUGAGAGCGGUUGUUCCCGUGAGAAAUAAGAACGACCUCAAAUGAUGCACAUUUUGAAUCUUUCAUUGAUUAGAAUUUGAAAGUGAAGAUUAAAAGUUAUCAUUCAUAAAUGUGUUCUCAUUUUAAAAGGGGUAGAUUCUUAUUAUAACCUCUAAUGUCAUGGAUACGAAAUUGAACAUCGAGGACCAUCUAUAUAAAUUUGGUGUUGGGAUAUAUUAUCCCGGCCUAUUACUGUUCAGGAGUCCAAGACAUUAUCCAGUACGGAGCCCGAGCAGCUAGGUCCAUUUCGGCCCAUUCUGGCCCACUUUGGCCAUUAGGCCCGACAUUGGCCCGUUUGGCCCAUUAGGGUGGAGUACUUCCCUCACCCCUUUCCCUAUUUAUAGGAAGUCUUCCCUCCAUAUUAUGGAUCUUUUUGCUUCUUCCUCCUUCUCACUAGAAUAGCUUAAGACUCCAUUAAUGGGAGCUUCAAUACUUGUACUAUGUAAUGGUGAGGAGAGACUAAUGAGAAUGAGAGGGCUUGGACAUUAGCCUAAAAAGUCUCAUGGUUUUCUCCCUUUCGGGUUUCCACAUAAAAACUGAGCUUGUUCAUACACAUUUAUACAUAUAUUUACUAUAUCGUGUUGGAUUAAACUCAACACUGACGCCGUCUGUGGGAAUCUGUCCAAAAAGAUUUGUGUGUUCUACUGUUCUUGAGUUUCUACGAAAAAUUCAUACGAAGUGGACUGAGGGGGUGUUUGGAUCUGAUUCUCAAAACUGAUUCUGCUCCUUCAAGGAGCAGAAGCAGAAGCUGGAGUGUUUAGGUGAAAUUCCAGAAGCACUUCUGGUGCUCUAAUUUACUCCCAGAAUCAGUUUUUUUAGAAGCUGGGGGUACCAGCUUCUGAAAACUGAUUCUGAUUCUGCUUUAAAAAAGAAGCAGAAGCAGAAUCAGUUCCAAACACCUCCUGAUUCUAGCAAAAAAUGAAAAAGAAAAAAUCUGGAAUUUUGGUUUGGGGAAGCUCUGGAUCUGCCGCCAGCAGCUCCGUCCAACAGACCGAGGAAGAAGAAAAGCAAAAAGAAAGGUUCUGGGAAAAAAGAAGAAGAGAUGAAGUCCAGAUCUGGAAUUUUGCAGACCGUGGCCGGAGCAGCCGUCCGUACCACCGCGCGCUCCACCAAGAGCUCGCUGAUAUACGAUGUAAAAGCCGCCUAGCUUUUCCGGCCCUCUUCAUCGCUAGCAGCGCCGCUCUACGCCUCCGUCGCGGUGCGCCCGCCGGCCUCAGCUCCCCCUCGCUGCUCGAACCUCAGAGAAGGUCCGCCAUUAAUGGCCGCUGAGAGCUUCAAGAGUGACAACCGUAAACCAGUGCACCCCCACGGCUCGAGGUUAGGGAAGUUUCGCAGGUUAUGCCGGAGUCCUGGCUGGCGACCACGCCACCGGUCUUUGUCGCUCCGCCGCUAACGCCGCCUGAGGCAGCUUUGUCUUGGCCGUCAUCAGCCGCUGCUGCGUUGCCACCGCUGCGUUGCGCACUACGUGGGCUCCCUUCGACCAGCUACAGCAGCUGAGUAAGGUAGGGGUAGCUGCCAGCUUGCAAAAUGUGAAGGCUGGAUGAUUGGAGGCUUUUUGGCAAUUUUGACCAAGUCAAAAUCAGCAAGGAUGAGCAAAUUGCUUUCACAAAACCCCUUGGCCGAGUAUCAACUUGAAGCUAAGUAUUCAAUCUCCGAAUUCCACGUUAAGGUACUUGGCUGGUAGCUUUAAAAUACGAAAAAAUAUUAGUCAGAAAUGCUACUAGUAUUUUUAUCAUCACUAUUUAUUAGAGAUUAAAAUCUCCCGAAAUGGAAUAGUGCGAGCGAUGCUCGGGUGAUGAUUAAUUUCACCGUCAUUUAAAUUUAAUGACUGGUUGUUGUGGGCCCGUCGGCCCGCUCCCGAUCGGCUUUAAUUAGCGAACGGAGCGUAUCUGAAUGGCCUUUGGUAGGAUAGUAUCAUUACUAUUACUAGUUACAUCACUAUCACUUAUUAGGGAUAAAAAUGUCCCGACUUAAAUAAUGUACGUGGAGCGAAGCUCUAGUGAUAGUUAGUUCCGCCAACAUUUUAUUAAAUGUUUAAUUGUUGGUGGGCCUGAUUAGCCCACUCUCGAUCAGCUUGAUUAAGCGAUCCGAGCGUCUGCAGGGGGCAGUGCCCCGACGACGCAUUUCUAUUUGGGGAUUACGCGUUAGUCCGCGCGGCACCAAGUGCCCGAUCGACGACCGUAUCCUAGUAUCAUCUACGCCAUUAGGCGCGAAGUGACUAUUGCCAGACGCGGCCUGUGGGGCCCCGAGGGCACCAAAGCGCUCGGCCUCGUGUUUCCGAGGGCGGUGCGACUAACUUGGGUCUGAGUUUGAAAACUCACAGACCGAUGCAUAUUUUUAUGUGACGUUCGGUAGGCUGCUAAAUGGCCCUGCCGCAAGUUGUUACGUCCAGUAACCCCGCACGAUGAGCCAGACUGAGGGUCACAGUGACCCAUAGGCCAGUAAUCGUGGGUGUUAGAGAGAAAUCCACAUAGAUGGCUAUGUAUAUAUACUGUCGGGCCGUGCGGCCCGUUAUCAUGCUUAUUGCGCAGCUGAAGCUGCUCGACGCGCUCGAGCGAAAUGAUUAAAAGACGCUCGGCCCGAGUCUUGAAGACGUUCAGGGCCAGCUAAAGAGGAGACCAUCACGGCUGAGAGCCGAGAGACGAGCAUCUCCACCUCAGAGACCGAUGGCCUAGGAAGAACACCUAGAGGCCGAGGGUCUAGAGGGAACUGCCACGGUGAAGAACCGUGAGACGAUCAUCCAUCAUUCAGAGGCCGAAGGCCUAGAGGAGACCGUCGCGGCCGAGGGCCAACUGACACAAUCAUAUCACGACCGGCCUCUCGGCACGGCGUGAUUAUCAUCUUCUGAAGACCGGUAUCAUCCCCGCGCUGCGCGGAUGAGAGCCAUUGCAUGGGUACACUUGAUCGGCCUCUCAUUGCCGACAUCAUUAUAUCACGACCGGCCUCUUGGCACGGCGUGAUUAUCUUAUUUGAAGACCGGCCUCGUCCCCGCGCUGCGUGGAGGAGGACCGUUGCUGGAUCUCAGAUCGGCCUCUCAUUGCCGACAUCAUUAUAUAUCACGACCGGCCUCUCGGCACAGCGUGUUUAUCUUCUGAAGACCGGCCUCGUCCCCGCGCUGCGUGGAGGAGGACCGUUGUUGGAUCUCAGAUCGGCCUCUCAUUGCCGACAUCAUUAUAUAUCACGACCGGCCUCUCGGCACGGCAUGUUUAUCUUUUGAAGACCGGCCUCGUCCCCGCGCUGCGCGGAUGAGGACCGUUGCUUGAUUUUAGGUCGACCUCUCAUUGCCGACAUCAUUAUAUAUCACGACCGGUCCCCCGGCACGGCGUGUUUUCCAUACUUGAAGAUCGGCCUCAUCCCCGCUCCUCGCGGAUGAGGACCGCUGAUUAUCCCUCUUUGGAUCGGCCCCAGCGCCGACGUCAUACAUGGCCACCGACCUCCUGGUACGGUGUGUUAGUACCCCAGGACCAUCACGGUGCCACCAUCAUAUUUGAAGACCGGUUUCAUCCCCGCGCUGCGUGGAUGAGAGCCGUUGCUCGGAUAUAUCGGCCUGAUCGGACACUAUUGUCAUCUCCUUAUCAGGACCGACUGCUCAGCGACAUUAUGAUCAUUAUCGGCUCCCAAUGCCGACCUUCUUGAGUUAGUGAUCGAACUCACCCCUCCCCUCCAGGAGGGUGACCAUCGCCUUCGCAUGACGACCAGCUAUUUCAUCGCCUCGUCAUUUUAUUCGUGUUGGUAUCCCACCACAAUUAUGUGUGACAUCACUUGUGGUCAUUCUUAGAACCGACGAACGUAUUUUCCUCCCUCAAAAAAAAAAAAGAUGGGGAGAAGGGGAGACAAGCUCCUAUGAGAGAGGGAGUCUUGACGAGGUAUGCCAGAUCUUCCUUCGCCGCGAAUGACGAACGUCUCCUGACACGGAGGCCAGUAGGAACGUGGGGGGGGGGGGGGGGGGGCUAGACGAACCAAAGGGAACCUCGGAAAGAUAAACCAGUUCCUCCCAUUUCCCGUGGAUCGACGAACACCUUCUGCCAGAGCAGAAGGCUAGUAGGGCCACGAGCAUGGGACGACGAAGCAGGGAACCCGCGAUAGGGUAAACCAGUUCCUCCUAGCGAUCGGUGGAUGCCGAACGUCUUCUUCGAGGGAAGAAGAUUAGUAGGAUCGCGACAGGGACGAACAAAGAAACGGGAACCCUGACAGGGUAUACCAGUUCCUCCCCCUUGAUGGACGGAUGACGAACGUCUUCUGCGAAGCCAGAAGACUAGUAAAUCACGACUAGGGACGAAUAGAGAUAGGAAAUCCCGACGUGGUGAUAAGUUCGUAUUUCAACACGCAUUUGAUGCGUGUUGGGGUCGGAUUUUGAUAAUUUUCCUAACUUUUGGGUGUCGUAAGUCUCAAUUUUAGCUCAAGUCAUGUGUAUCGGGCGUAGGGUAUGAGUUUUGGUAUUUUCAGAGUUGAAAUCAAGUUUUUGGGACCCAGCAUCGGCAUUUGAGAAAGAGAUCGGGACGAGUUAAGAAGCAUUCGAGAGUGAAUUCGCAGUUUUGGAGGCCACCGGGAGAUUCACGAUGAUGUUUUGAUGAAGAAAGAGCUAUUGGAUCGAUCGAGUGGUCAAACGGAGGCUUAAAACGAAAGAAAUCUAAGAAAAUGAAGAAGAAAGGCCACGCACGGCCGUGCGUACAGGGACGCACGGCGUGCGUGCGUGGCAGUAGCGGCCAAGAAAAGUAAUGACCAACGCACGGCCGUGCGUCCGGGUAUGCACGCCGUGCGUUCAAAGCGAUAAAACGACGAGAAGCUACUGGCAGCAACGCACGGCCGUGCGUCCGGGUACGCACGCCGUGCGUUCAAAGGCGUUGAAAUCAGGGAGGCUACUGGCAGCAACGCACGGACGUGCGUAGGGGAACGCACGCCGUGCGUUGCCUAUUUUCACGCGCAGGUCCGUCGGACGCACGGACGCAACGCACGCCGUGCGUAGGCUCCGUGCGUACCGCGGAUCUGUCCUUUUUCGACCCAAACUCAUUGUUUUCUAUAAAUUAAGCCUCCCUAACCCCGUUUUGAGGUUCGGAAACCUAGAGAGAAGAUUAGGGACGUAUUCUACAGUGUUUUUCCAUUAUUUUGUUCAAGACCCUGAGAUUCUUUGUAAGUUUCAUCUUUUUGAUUAAUGACAAUUAUUUCUAUUCAUUCCAAUUCUGUUGAUUCUUCAAUUAUGAAUUGUGAGUAGUUUAAUUAGGGAUUUGGGGUUGAUGAAGGGGUUAAUCAUGAUGUAUGGCUAGAUUCUUGUCGGUUUAAUUGCAUGAAUGCCGUUUAAUUUGUGUUUGAAUAAUUUAAUUGAUAUCUCUUGUAACCUAGACUGCAGCUAGAAUUACAAUUGCAUGUAGAAUGAAUUAAGAGAGAUCUAAUUUGUUCUAGGACACAUUCACACACACUUAAUCGUUCGCUAAGAGAUUAGUAGCGAUUAAGGGGCCGUAAGCUCACUCGUCUUGGCAAUAAUUUAGGAUCCUGUCGCAUGAGAGAUCAGCCUGGUCCCCUAAAUUAUUGUACACUACGCCGCGAGAGCGGUAAGAACUUAGUAAUGAUUAGCUAGGCUCAAUUAAAUUAAUUUCAUGUAAUUAGGCCUGAUCUGCCAGAAAUCUGGUUACCCCGGAAUCAAUUCCUGUUCCCUUCGUCGUUAAUUGAGAAGAAACCAAUCUUUUAAUUUAAUCGUUCAUUCGCAUUAGUUUAAUUUUAUUCACCAAUCAAUCUCGCACAAUCGCAUUUAUUUUAUUUAUUUCUUUUUAAUCGCUGAAUUUAGUUAAUUCUUAAUUCCCUUUUGUCCGUCCCUGUGGAGACGAUACUCGUACUUACACCACUAUUCUACAAUCUUUUUAAGUGCGAGAAAACUCACAUCAGUUUUUGGCGCCGUUGCCGGGGACGGUGUCGGAUUUAAGGGUUAAUUAUAUUUAGCGACUUGUUUUUAGUUUUUCGUAGGAUUUUUGUCUACUAACCUUGCAGGUCAGAUCUGUUUAUGCAUACACGCUCUAAGAAGGGAGAAUCACUAGUCCCUCUUAAUCCUGAGAUCGAGAAGCUAGCUAAGCAGAACCGCAAGGCCUUAAGAGAACAGAAAGCAACCAUGGAUCAACCAUUCGCAUCUGGAAUAGCUGGGACGUCUGAGGUCCAAACCACUUCUGGUAAUCUGGAUUUUUAUGUUAAUACCUCUCCCCAGUCUUCACAAGAAAAUUCACCAAGAGCUUAUCCGGGGUAUCAAAAUCUCCGUACCCCAUUCUUCCACCAAAAUCAGUCCACUCCACAACUGAAUCUUCCACCACUCUAUCAGCUCUUUCAAAACACUUCUAUUGCUCCCGAACCCACCUUUCAAAACCAAACCUUUGGGAUGCAAGGUCUAGGGCAAAAUAAUCCGGUUUUUCAGCCCAGACAGAACCAACCGCCAGUCACACAAAAUCCACCCCCUACUCAGCCACAAAAUCAGCCUUUCCAACCCCAAUAUCAACAAUUCCAUCAAACCCAACCUCAGCCAAAUAUCAUCCGUCCACAACCCAUAAGACCACAACCAGUUCAUCAGCCGAGAUAUCAAGCUCCUCCUUACCACAACUAUGUUCCACAUGACAAUCCACUCUAUCAAGGAGAGAGCAUUGCAGACUUCCUAGCCCCCGAGAUCACAGAGUAUGACAGUAUUCAGGUACCGGGGAUUACUGCACCCCGAUACGAGAUCAAACCGGCGGUGAUCAAUAUGGUCCUAAAUAAUCAGUUCGGAGGGAGCCCUACGGAAGAUCCAGUGGCACACAUUACCAAAUUUCUGAGGAUGUGCCAGACUUUCAAGAUCCCUGGGCUAGAUGAUGAUCAGGUACGGAUGCUACUAUUCCCUUUCUCUUUGAGGGAUGACGCGCAGAGGUGGUUGGAUAGCAAUCCACAUCACCACAUUCAGACUUGGGACCAGCUGCACAAGGCCUUCAUUAAAGAAUACUUCCCAACAUCAAAGGCCAUAAAGUUGAAGAAGCAGCUACAGGAAUUCAAGCAAGGUUCAUUGGAGACAUUAGCUGAGGCGUGGAAGAGAUUCAAGGUGCUGAGAAGAGCUUGCCCUCAAGGCAAGAUGACUGAUUGUGAGGUUUUAUCUUGUUUCUACAGUGGACUCAACAAUGAAGGCAAGAUGAUGCUUGAUGCUUCGGGCGGUGGAGCUUUUCCUCAGUUGCCAUCUGAGGUUGCGGAAGAAUUGGUGGAGAAGAUUGUGUCGAAUAAUGCUUCAUGGUACAGUUCUCGGGACACACCUCACCAAAAGGCCCCGGGAUUGUACGAGAUCAGUGAGAAUUCUGCCCUUUCUGCAAGGGUAGAUGCUUUGACCAGUUUGAUUCAGAAGCUUGCUACUACAGUGGAAGACAAUCAAAAGAAGACGGAACUUGCUCUCUCGGUGCCCAGUGUAAAUAUGGUAGCCCCCGUUCCUAUUAGUCCCUCUUGUUCUAUGUGUGGGGGACUCCAUUCGCCACAUGAAUGCACAAUGAUGGCACACUCGGCAGCCCCUGGAGUAGAGCAAGUGGAUGCGAUGUAUUAUCAGCGACAGGGCUAUUACAAUCAGCCCUACGGACAGCAGCAGCAAGGGCAAUACGGGCAGGGAAAUCAGCAGCAGUCUAGAAACUUUAAUCAGCCCCAGGUACCUCAAGGCCAACAACAAGCACCUCAGCCGGCGCAAGGGAGUUUUAGAAAAGAGACUGAGCAAAGAUUCUCUAGUUUGGAAGACACAUUCAAGAAAUACAUGCAAGUGACUGAUGCAAGGAUGCAUAACAUGGAAACUCAAUUGGGGCAGAUCUUUAAGGCUGUAUCUGAGAGGCCUCAGGGAUCCCUCCCUAGUAAUACUGAACCAAAUCCCAGAGAACAUGUUCAGGCUGUGACCUUGAGGAGCGGAAAAGAGCUGGAACCUGCUGCCACAACAAAGAAGCCCGAUGAAGUUCAAGUUGAACCGGCUGUCCGGGAGGAAGAGAAGGAGAAAGAUGAGGGAAGAGAGGUGGCGGCUGCACCAAAACAGUCCGUUCCGGUCAAGAAUUACACCCUACCUCUCCCCUAUCCGGCGCGAUUGACUAGGAAGAACGAUAGUGACCAGUUUGGUAAGUUUCUGCAUCUCAUGAAACAAGUGCAGAUUAACUUACCAUUCGUGGAUGCACUAGCUCAGAUGCCGAAGUACGCGAAGUUUAUGAAGGAUUUGCUCACGAACAAGAGGAGGCUGGAAGAAGCGUCUACUGUGACGCUUAAUGAGGAGUGCUCAGCUGUGAUACGGACAGAUCUGCCGAAGAAGCUUAAGGAUCCAGGUUCUUUUACUAUUCCCUGCUUUAUAGGAGAUCUUACUUUUGAUAGGGCCCUGGCUGAUUUGGGUGCAAGCAUUAAUCUGAUGCCUCUUGCUUUAUAUGAAAAGCUUGCACUCGGUCCACUUAAACCUACACGUAUGUGCAUUCAGUUGGCUGAUCGUUCAGUCAAAUAUCCCCAAGGGAUUAUUGAAGACGUGUUGGUUAAAGUGGACAAAUUUAUUUUUCCGGUAGACUUUGUUAUUUUGGACAUGGAUCAGGAUCGGGAGGUACCAUUGAUUUUGGGCAGACCAUUCUUGGCAACUGCCCGUGCACUUAUUGAUGUUGGAGACGGUAAGCUUGUCCUCCGCGUUGGGGAUGAGUCUGCCACCUUUGACAUGUCCAAAAUAAUGAAGAGGCCCUGUCAAGAUAGUGGUGAGUGUUUUUACAUGGAUGUGGUUGAUUCUUUGGUGGAGGAUUGCAUUCCUAACAUGCUUUCUGAUGAAGCCUUCUUUGAUCUUCUUUUGGAUGAUAGUUUGUCAGCAGAGGAUCUUGAGCUCCUCCCCAGUUUUGAUUGCCUUAUGCUUGAUGGGGAGGAGGACUCAAGUGAUGCUAGUGAUGUGAAGGGGAAGGAAGAGGACUUAGAUAAGGUGGAGAAGGAAGAUUGUCAGACUGAUUCUUCUAUUGUUACUCCUUCUCCAUUAAAUCUAAAGCCUCUUCCCUCCCACCUUGAGUAUGCGUUUCUAGAUGAUAGUCCUGACCUCCCUGUUAUUCUUGCAUCCGGGCUUGAGCCAUCCCAAAAAUUUGCAUGUCUCGAUUUACUUUGUGAACAAAGGGAAGCUCUAGCCCGGAAACUUUCUGACAUGAAAGGAAUCAGUCCUGUUUUCUGCACUCAUAAAAUUUUGAUGGAAGAUAAUGCUAAACCGGUAGUGCAGCCACAAAGGAGAUUGAAUCCUAAUAUGCAGGAAGUAGUCAGGGAGGAAGUCAUCCGUCUGUUAGAUGUAGGAAUUAUUUAUCCAAUUUCAGACAGCCCUUGGGUCAGCCCGACCCAGGUGGUUCCCAAGAAAGGGGGGAUGACUGUGGUUAGGAAUGAGAAAGAAGAGUUGAUUGCUACACGUACGGUCACCGGAUGGCGGGUUUGCAUUGAUUACCGAAGGUUGAAUGCCGCCACCCGGAAAGACCACUUCCCCCUCCCCUUCAUUGAUCAGAUUUUAGAGAGGCUAGCAGGGCAUAAGUUUUACUGUUUCCUUGACGGGAUGUCGGGAUACUUCCAGAUCCCCAUAGCCCCCGAGGACCAGGAUAAGACCACUUUUACAUGUCCAUUCGGUACCUUUGCUUAUCGGAGGAUGGCGUUUGGAUUAUGUAAUGCCCCUGCUACCUUUAUGAGAUGCAUGCUUGCUAUUUUUGGGGAUUUCAUUGGGAAGAUUAUGGAGGUUUUUAUGGAUGACUUUUCUGUGUAUGGUGAUACUUUUAAUGAGUGCUUAGAGAACUUGAAGAAAGUCCUGGUUAGGUGUCGAGAGGUGAAUUUGGUGCUUAACUGGGAGAAGUGCCACUUCAUAGUUAGUGAGGGAGUGGUCCUAGGGCAUAAGAUUUCAAGUAGGGGGAUUGAGGUUGAUCCGGCUAAGGUUGAUGUGAUUUCUAAAUUACCUCCCCCUACUUCAGUCCGUGCCAUUAGGAGUUUUCUAGGCCACGCAGGUUUUUACCGUAGGUUCAUCCAGGACUUUUCUAAGAUAGCCCGACCCAUGACUAAACUCCUUGAGAAGGACACACCAUUUGACUUCUCAAAGGAGUGUUUAGAGGCUUUUGAGUGUUUGAAGGAGAAACUGGUCAAGGCACCGGUGGUAGUAGCUCCUGACUGGUCUUUGCCUUUUGAGAUUAUGUGUGAUGCUAGUGAUUUUGCAGUAGGAGCCGUUCUUGGGCAGCGUCGAGAGAAAUAUUUUCAGCCUAUUUCAUAUGCUUCAAAGACUCUCGAUAGUGCCCAAGAAAACUACACUACCACCGAGAAAGAAUUGCUUGCUGUUGUGUUUGCUCUUGACAAGUUUCGUCCUUAUUUGAUUUUGUCUAAGGUAGUGAUAUUCACCGAUCAUUCUGCUCUUAAAUAUUUGAUGCAAAAAGUGGAUGCUAAGCCUAGAUUGAUUCGGUGGAUAUUACUACUCCAGGAGUUUGAUAUUGAGAUUAGGGAUAAGAAAGGGGCUGAGAAUUUAGCGGCUGAUCACUUGAGUAGGUUAGAAAACCCCUUUCUUGAUUCCCUGAGUGAGAGAGAUAUUGAGGGUACUUUUCCUGAUGAGAGACUGUUGAGGAUCGUUGAUGAGGUGCCUUGGUUUUCUGACAUCGCCAACUAUCUUGUUGGGGGUGUUGUUCCUUCUGAUUAUACACCUCAUCAACGACGGAAAUUUUUUGCUGAUUUGAAAUAUUAUUUCUGGGAGGAACCAUAUUUGUUUCGUAUUUGUGCUGAUCAGGUCGUUAGAAGAUGUGUUCCCCUGAGUGAAGGAGUCGAGAUUCUCAAACAUUGUCACUCCGGACCGACUGGGGGACACUAUUCUUUCAACCGGACAGCUCGUAAGGUGUUGGAAUGUGGUUUCUUCUGGCCCACAUUGUUUAAAGAUGCUCUAACGUUUGUGCAGGAAUGUGACAGGUGUCAACGCACCGGGCCGGUUACCAAGAGGGAUGAAAUGCCCCAGAAUUUUAUAUUGGCUUGUGAGGUAUUUGAUGUUUGGGGCAUUGACUUCAUGGGACCGUUCCCGGGUUCUAAAGGUAAUAAAUUCAUUCUGGUUGCUGUGGAUUAUGUCUCUAAGUGGGUUGAGGCUGAAGCUCUGCCCACAAAUGAUGCUAGAGUUGUGAUUCGUUUUCUAAAAAAAUUGUUUUCUAGGUUUGGAGUGCCACGAGUUUUGAUAAGUGACAGGGGUACCCACUUUAGGAAUGAUCCGAUGACUCGCCUUCUGGCAAAGUACGGGGUCACUCAUAAAGGGGGCGUCCCUUAUCACCCUCAAACUAGUGGCCAAGUUGAGAAUUCGAAUAGGGACAUUAAGACAAUCCUUGAAAAGACUGUUGAGACCCAUAGGAAGGAUUGGUCUGAUAAGCUAGAUGAUGCGCUGUGGGCACUGCGUACAGCGUAUAAGACACCCAUUGGCACUACUCCGUUUCACUUGGUUUAUGGGAAGGCGUGCCACCUUCCGGUAGAGAUAGAGCAUAAGGCCUACUGGGCCUUGAAAACAUUGAAUAGGGAUUUGUCUUUGGCGGGUCGUGAACGGCUUUGGAAGCUCAACGAGUUGGAUGAGUGGAGGCUUAUGGCCUAUGAGAACUCUAAAAUUAGUAAGGAGCGUACCAAAGCCUAUCAUGAUCGGCACAUUAAACAGGGAAAAGAAUUUUGCAAAGGGGAUCAAGUUCUGCUAUUCAAUCCCCGAAUGAAGAUUUUUAAAGGAAAAUUGAAGUCUAGAUGGUCCGGUCCUUUUGUAGUGAGCGAAGUUUUUCCAUAUGGAACUGUUGAGAUUGAUCAUCCUGAGAAGGGCCGUUUUAAAGUUAACGGCCAUCAUUUGAAGAAAUACUACGGAGGACCGCUAGAACGCGAGCGUGAGGUGACCUUUGUCACGAAUUUAGAGAGAUGAGUGCGUAGUUGCGUCGGGCAAACGACGUUAAAAAUAACGCUUCUCGGGAGGCAACCCGAGCUUAAUUUGUUUUUGUUUAGUUUAGUUUUGUUGCUUUUUUCAAAAACCCACAAAAACCACAAAAAAAAAAAAAAUAUCUUUUGCAAGUGCGUUGGCCAUAAAGCAAGAUGGAUCGUCUACUGGCAGGCACGCACGGCCGUGCGUCCGGGUACGCACUCCGUGCGUUGCCAAGGCAAAAUACGAACCCAGCUACUGGCAGCAACGCACGGGCGUGCGUCCGGGUACGCACGCCGUGCGUUAGCCAUAUAGAUGCGCAAGUAGCUACUGGCAGCAACGCACGGUCGUGCGUCCGGGUACGCACGGUCGUGCGUCCGGGUACGCACGCCGUGCGUUACCCAUCUAAAAUUCCCACCCUGCCCGAUAAUCAAAAAACCCACGCACGCACCCCUCCUUUACCCACGACGCACGCACGAACCCCCUCCCUUCCCUCUUUCGACCGCGACCCACACCGCCACCACCGCACCACGCCGCCGCCCGCCGCACCACCAACCGCCGCCGCCUCUCUCUCUCUCCUCUACUUCCUCAAAGGUAUUCCUCUUCUUCCCCAAGCUCCCUUCUCCAUUAAUGGUGUUUCAAGCUUUGUAAAAUCCGAUUUUUGCAUAAGUUCAAAAGUUAGGGAUUUGAUUUCCUUUGUCAAAUUGAAGCUUGUAAUGAUGAUUUUGAUGUUCUAAGAGUAUGAAUUUGCCCAUUUUGCUUGGAAUCCCUAAUUCUUGAGUUGACUUGGCCAAUUUAGGGUUGAUUUUGAGAAAAAUUUGGGGAUUUUGUGUUUGUUGCUAGAAUAAAGGAAGUGAAUUAUUGCUUACGAUGAUACAUGAUUGUUGUUUAGUCUACUUGAGAAUGAAUCCACAAUUUUUGGGCUAAACAUUGUCCAAAUUGGAACUUUUGAGUUCUUCCCCAAAAAAAAAAAAAAAAAAUUUGACAUUUUAGCUAAAUAAUUUGGGAAGAAUUCUAAUCUGAAAACGUGAAUGAUGCUUGCUUAUGACACUGUUUACACCGUGUGUCGUUGAAAAUUUGAUUUUUAUUCAAAGUUCUUUGAUAAAAGUUCAAUUUUCAACUAUUCUGGUUAAACAUUGGGUUUGUAUUAGCUUUUACUUGUGGUUGAGAUGUAGUGUGGCCAACGGGGCUAUGAUUUCGAAACUCUUGGCUUAUCUCUAACCUGUGGCAACCCCGUUGGAACCUUCGUGGAUUAUUUUUCUUUUGCAGAUGACCCGCACCAAGCAUUCCGCUAAGAGGCACCGGGACAACACCGGUGCUAGCUCCAGCCGGGCCAACCCAAACAGAAAUCAGCAGCCGAUUGUACCCUACCAACCCCAGUUUCGGGAUAACGCCCAAAAAGAGAAAUUUGAGGAAUUAAUGCAAAGGCGAGCGGGAAAAAUAUUGUUCCCCCCAUUUGCCUACACUGGAGAAAGCCGGAAUCCAAGACGAGGUGAUGCAGCUGUUGUCCCGUGAUUGGUGGCAACAUCUCUUUUUCGGCAUCAAUGAGCCGACUUAUAAAGAGAUCACUUGCGAGGUUCUGUCUUCUUUCAAGGCCCCGAGGGAAAUCACCAACAGCUUUUACCCGGUAAUCAAGUUUAGAGCUUUCGGGGAGGACCAUGUACUUUCAGCCAAUGACAUCUCUUCACACUUAGGUUUUGAGCGAUUGGACGAUGUUGCCCGAUGGGAUGGGAGCCUUUUAGACUUUCCGAAGGAGGUGAAUCAACAACAGUUUUGGGAGUCUAUUACUAUUAAUGGGGGCAGGUACAACUCACAGACAUCGCCUAGUACAGUCCUACACCCACUCAAGUACCGUGUCAUCCAUGCCUUGUUGAGUUCCACAGUUUCUGGCCGCGCAGAGAAAGGCGGCAAGGUCUCCUCCACUGACUUUUUCUGUCUCUAUUGCAUGAUUCAUGGGAGGAGACCGAUCUUUGGCGCUCUCUUCGCGGGACUUUUUGCCAGGCAGGCUAGUUAUCGGGUCAAGGAGCUUUUUGCGGGACCAUACAUUACACGGAUGAUGAAGGCCAUGGGGUAUGGAGACCGCCUAGAGGGGAUGACAGUCGUAGAGCAUAUUUAUCCGAUGGAGACGCUGCCCAAGGAGAUUCCAGCUGGACGCCGAGCAGCUAGGCACGCAGAUGAUGAUGACGGUGGUGCUGAGGGCCACCAGCAGGCUGAGCAGGAUGACGCGCAUGAGAUGAUGCAUGGGGCCCCCGUUCUGCCCCCUCCCCAGGGACACGUGUUUCCCAACUCUUGGGAAGGGAUGCAUCAGCAUAUAGAGGAUAUGUAUGGCCGACUUUAUGAGCACCAGCAGCAGUUUUUCACGCAGAUGAGCAACGAUGUUACUGCAGGCUUCUCCAGUCUUGAUUUGAGGAUGACGUCAUUGGAGCAGAGAUGGGACAGACAGUUCCCCGAUGAUCAGCAGCCACCCCCUCCCCCAUUUUAGAUUAUGAUACAUUGUACCCAUCUUGAUCACAUUCUGCACUGAGCACCUGACACUUCUUUUACUCUUUGUUUUCGUGGAUGUUUUCUUUCUGCUUGGUUGUGAUUGCAGCUUUUAUUGAUAAUUGAUCGUUGCUUAGAUGUUUGGAAUGAAGGAUCGAUUGAGUUCAAGGCCGACCAAAGACCUAGGGGAGUUUCUACGUUCCUUACUCGUACUUUUUCGCCUGCCUUUUGUUGACUUGAGUUGAUGUUGAGCACGCGCGACCCUUUCCCUUUAUCCCCUUGUGCAUUAUGCAUUUUUGGUCAUCGAGGGCGAUGCCAAAGUUUAAGUGUGGGGGAGUGAACUGGGCAUUCGGGCAUUAGUUGUUAUUUGUAAUUAUUGGAGUUAGCAUGCGCAGGUGUUAGUUGUAUAUUCAUAGGAAAUUCAUGCAAAAUUUUUGCAAAUUUUUCUUUAAACUGUGUCUUUGUGAGCUGGCUAACAUUUUGACUAUGCUUUUAUGACAUUCUUUGAAGUGUUUAGGCUUAAUUUGCUUGCACUAUAAUCUAGUUGUUGAAAGGAUGAAGGCAUUAGUCACCCAUUGAAUUAAUCCAUUAAUCAUCCACCCCACAUGAAUAAGACCCUUUAGGAGAAGCCAUUUUGAGCCUGCCCGUUUAUUGUUACCCGAUUAAUUGAGCUCCAUAGCCAAAUGGCCUGUUUCCUUACCCGUGAAUAUUUCUGACUUAGUCUUGGUGUUUAGGGAACUAAGGGAUUAACUUGCUAAGUUUAGGGAAUUUGUGUAGGAGCCAUUUUUGGCACUGUUCCUAUGCCCCAAAUAGGGUAAGAGCAGUCACUUUUUAGGAAUUUGAUACUUUCGAGGAUUGCAUUGUAGGCAUGGAUUCACUUUUAAAUUAAUGAACUUUAAUUGCUAUUUUUCCUUGGUGAGGCCGAGAUUAGAAUGAGGUAAUGUCUAGUGAGAAUCCGAAAGGUGAAAAAUUAAUAUAGCUAGACCUCUUACUUUACGAAAAAGAGAAUGGGAGCCCCGGUCAAAAAGCGUGAGAUGAGACUUGGGUAUCUUUCGAAAGAAACGGCGUUCUCGUGCCAACAUGACAAGGAAAACUAAACUUAAAUUAAUGAACUUGGAGGCUAUCUCAAAAUUUAGCUUUAGUCCUCCGCGUACUUCAAGUAUACGUCAAAGCACAAAUGGGCCGAGACGGUUUAGCUUAGUUGUACACCAUGUCUACUCUUUGCAUAGGUUUAAAUGAUUGUUCCUAAAUUGUGGCCUACUGAGUUCCUUGUUCCUAAGAAUAGCCCUGAAGUUCCUGAAUACAUUGAGUCUUUGUUAUAAUAUUCCAAUCUCUCAAAAGAAAGGGACUAUUAUUGUUAUCCAUGAUCCAUUCACCACCACCUUCACAAGUCCUUCUGAUUAAUAACUAGUUUAUUUGUGUGUGCUGUCACUGCUUUGAGGAUGUUGUGAAUAAUUUUGUCAAAUAUGUUAGCUAGAGUACAAAGAUGUAGUUUAGGGAAGAAUUUUCUUGGUUUAGUCUGCCUGUUCUGUGAAUAUCCCUUUAACUACGUGUGCAUGCUAACUGUUUUAAUUCCGGGUGGUGAUUAUGUAAGUCCCGUUGUUCAGUUUGCUUGAGGACAAGCAAAAGCUUAAGUGUGGGGGAAUCUGAUAAGUUCGUAUUUCAACACGCAUUUGAUGCGUGUUGGGGUCGGAUUUUGAUAAUUUUCCUAACUUUUGGGUGUCGUAAGUCUCAAUUUUAGCUCAAGUCAUGUGUAUCGGGCGUAGGGUAUGAGUUUUGGUAUUUUCAGAGUUGAAAUCAAGUUUUUGGGACCCAGCAUCGGCAUUUGAGAAAGAGAUCGGGACGAGUUAAGAAGCAUUCGAGAGUGAAUUCGCAGUUUUGGAGGCCACCGGGAGAUUCACGAUGAUGUUUUGAUGAAGAAAGAGCUAUUGGAUCGAUCGAGUGGUCAAACGGAGGCUUAAAACGAAAGAAAUCGAAGAAAAUGAAGAAGAAAGGCCACGCACGGCCGUGCGUACAGGGACGCACGGCGUGCGUGCGUGGCAGUAGCGGCCAAGAAAAGUAAUGACCAACGCACGGCCGUGCGUCCGGGUAUGCACGCCGUGCGUUCAAAGCGAUAAAACGACGAGAAGCUACUGGCAGCAACGCACGGCCGUGCGUCCGGGUACGCACGCCGUGCGUUCAAAGGCGUUGAAAUCAGGGAGGCUACUGGCAGCAACGCACGGACGUGCGUAGGGGAACGCACGCCGUGCGUUGCCUAUUUUCACGCGCAGGUCCGUCGGACGCACGGACGCAACGCACGCCGUGCGUAGGCUCCGUGCGUACCGCGGAUCUGUCCUUUUUCGACCCAAACUCAUUGUUUUCUAUAAAUUAAGCCUCCCUAACCCCGUUUUGAGGUUCGGAAACCUAGAGAGAAGAUUAGGGACGUAUUCUACAGUGUUUUUCCAUUAUUUUGUUCAAGACCGUGAGAUUCUUUGUAAGUUUCAUCUUUUUGAUUAAUGACAAUUAUUUCUAUUCAUUCCAAUUCUGUUGAUUCUUCAAUUAUGAAUUGUGAGUAGUUUAAUUAGGGAUUUGGGGUUGAUGAAGGGGUUAAUCAUGAUGUAUGGCUAGAUUCUUGUCGGUUUAAUUGCAUGAAUGCCGUUUAAUUUGUGUUUGAAUAAUUUAAUUGAUAUCUCUUGUAACCUAGACUGCAGCUAGAAUUACAAUUGCAUGUAGAAUGAAUUAAGAGAGAUCUAAUUUGUUCUAGGACACAUUCACACACACUUAAUCGUUCGCUAAGAGAUUAGUAGCGAUUAAGGGGCCGUAAGCUCGCUCGUCUUGGCAAUAAUUUAGGAUCCUGUCGCAUGAGAGAUCAGCCUGGUCCCCUAAAUUAUUGUACACUACGCCGCGAGAGCGGUAAGAACUUAGUAAUGAUUAGCUAGGCUCAAUUAAAUUAAUUUCAUGUAAUUAGGCCUGAUCUGCCAGAAAUCUGGUUACCCCGGAAUCAAUUCCUGUUCCCUUCGUCGUUAAUUGAGAAGAAACCAAUCUUUUAAUUUAAUCGUUCAUUCGCAUUAGUUUAAUUUUAUUCACCAAUCAAUCUCGCACAAUUGCAUUUAUUUUAUUUAUUUCUUUUUAAUCGCUGAAUUUAGUUAAUUCUUAAUUCCCUUUUGUCCGUCCCUGUGGAGACGAUACUCGUACUUACACCACUAUUCUACAAUCUUUUUAAGUGCGAGAAAACUCACAUCACGUGGAUAAACCUGUUUCUUCUCAUAGUUGGGAUGACGAACGUCUCCUGCGAAACCAGGAGACCAGUAACUCACGAGACUUGAGAAGAACGAAGACUAGCUCCAUGGAUCAGACACGAAGGACCAGUUCUUCACCAGAGUCUGUUGCGUGCCGAGUGUACACCGCUUAGCGGUCCAUACAUAGGACCACGGAUACGGUAGACGAAUGAAGACCAGCUUCAUGGAUCAGACAUGAAGAACCAGUUCUUUACCGAAGUCUGUUGCCUGCCGAGUGUACACCGCUUAGCGGUCCAUACAUAGGACCACGGAUACGGUAGACGAACGAAGACCAGCUCCAUGGACCAGACACGAAGGACCAGUUCUUUACCGGAGUCUGUUGCGUGCCGAGUGUACACCGCUUAGCGGUCCGUACAUAGGACCACAGAUACGGUAGACGAACGACGAUUAGCUCCCCAAAUCAGACAGGAAGGACAGCACCCAGAUUUACUUCAGGUUCACCAUUCUUUCCCAGAUGGAGUCCUGGCAGACGAUCGGCUUCUCACAGCCAGUCAGGAGGGAGACCUGACACAUCACUAGCACGGCCGAGGGCCGUGAGACGAUUAUCACUCACCGACAGCCCAAGGGCCAUGAGAUGAUCAUCACCAUUUUUUAUGCAGUACGAUCGGCCCCUCAGCGCCAUCGUACCCAGCUCACGUUCAGCUCGUCCAUCCCUUCCAGGGUGGCGACGAACGUCUUAUGCAUCACGAUCGGCCCCUCAGCGCCAUCGUGUCCAGAUUCACGGCUCGGCUCGCCCAUUCCCUCCAGGAUGGCGACCACCGUCUUAUGCAGUACGAUCGACCCCUCAGCGCCAUCGUACCCAGCUCACGUUCAGCUCAUCCAUCCCUUCCAGGGUGGCGACGAACGUCUUAUGCAUCACGAUCGGCCCCUCAGCGCCAUCGUGUCCAGAUUCACGGCUCGGCUCGCCCAUUCCCUCUAGGAUGGCGACGACUGUCUUAUGCAGUACGAUCGGCCCCUCAGCGCCAUCGUACCCAGCUCACGUUCAGCUCGUCCAUCCCUUCCAGGGUGGCGACGAACGUCUUAUGCAUCACGAUCGGCCCCCUCAGCGCCAUCGUGUCCAGAUUCACGGCUCAACUCGCCCAUUCCCUCCAGGAUGGCGACGACCGUCUUAUGCAGUACGAUCGGCCCCUCAGCGCCAUCGUACCCAGCUCACGUUCAGCUCGUUCAUCCCUUCCAGGGUGGCGACGAACGUCUUAUGCAUCACGAUCGGCCCCUCAGCGCCAUCGUGUCCAGAUUCACGGCUCGGCUCGCCCAUUCCCUCCAGGAUGGCGACGACCGUCUUAUGCAGUACGAUCAGCCCCUCAGCGCCAUCGUACCCAGCUCACGUUCAGCUCGUCCAUCCCUUCUAGGGUGGCGACGAAUGACUUAUGCAUCACGAUCGGCCCCUCAGCGCCAUCGUGUCCAGAUUCACGGCUCGGCUCGCCCAUUCCCUCCAGGAUGGCGACGACCGUCUUAUGCAGUAUGAUCGGCCCCUCAGCGCCAUCGUACCCAUCUCACGUUCAGCUCGUCCAUCCCUUCCAGGGUGGCGACGAACGUCUUAUGCAUCACGAUCGGCCCCUCAGCGCCAUCGUGUCCAGAUUCACGGUUCGGCUCGCCCAUUCCCUCCAGGAUGGCGACGACCGUCUUAUGCAGUACGAUCGGCCCCUCAGCGCCAUCGUACCCAGCUCACUUUCAGCUCGUCCAUCCCUUCCAGGGUGGCGACGAACGUCUUAUGCAUCAUGAUCGGUCCCUCAGCGCCAUCGUGUCCAGAUUCACGGCUCGGCUAGCCCAUUCCCUCCAGGAUGGCGACGACCGUCUUAUGCAGUACGAUCGGCCCCUCAGCGCCAUCGUACCCAGCUCACGUUCAGCUCGCCCAUUCCCUUCCAGGAUGGCGACGAACGUCUUUACGUAGCACGAUCGGCCUCUCAGCACCAUCGUGUCUGGCUCAUGUUCGGCUCGCCCAUCCCUUCCAGGAUGGCGACGAACGUAUCUUAUGCAGCACAAUCGGCCCCGCCGUGCCAUUGUGUCGAGUUCAUCUCCGGAUCGCCCAUCCCUUAUAGGAUGGCGACGAUCAUCUUAUGCAGCACGUCUGCCUCUCGGCGCUGACAUGCCCGGUUUAUCGAUGAGAGCCACCGCUUUCUAUCACAUCUCACAUUCCUUCUCUCAUACAUUGCACCCAUACAUUACAUGCAUUCAUGCAUUCAUGCAUCAUACCUCAUACAUUCAUACAUACACACGUGCAUCAUGUUUUGACAGUACCGCGACGUCGGUUUAUAGAUGCAUGGACCUCUAAGCUUCUGCGAUUGAAAAGCUCAAGUCAGAGUCCUUUACUCCCGCCUGAUGCAUUCAGGGGGAGUAUGCCCGUGGAGGAGCACCCUUCGCCCGACCCCGUCGGGAAAGGGGGUGCCUCACUGGCAGAUUACGUUCAGGAGUGCAGACACCCACUCAUAUAUUAUGAUUAUUCGAAGACACAGUAUCCAGCAAGACAGAGGAAGAGCGCAGGCAAGAGUAUAUUUUCUCGAGCAGAUUCGCACGCUCACUACUCAAGAAACUGGGGGACUUGUGUUGGGAUAUAUUAUCCCGGCCUAUUACUGUUCAGGAGCCCAAGACAUUAUCCAGUACGGAGCCCGAGCAGCUAGGUCCAUUUCGGCCCAUUCUGGCCCACUUUGGCCAUUAGGCCCGACAUCGGCCCGUUUGGCCCAUUAGGGUGGAGUACUUCCCUCACCCAUUUCCCUAUUUAUAGGAGGUCUUCCCUCCAUAUUAUGGAUCUUUUUGCUUCUUCCUCCUUCUCACUAGAAUAGCUUAAGACUCCAUUAAUGGGAGCUUCAAUACUUGUACUAUGUAAUGGUGAGGAGAGACUAAUGAGAAUGAAAGGACUUGGAUUAAAGUCUCAUGGUUUUC